CUGCUGUCUUACUCCGGCGACAGGCUCUGCUUUUUGUUCCCAAAACUCCACCUCCUCCUCGUCUACUCGCAGCUAGCAAUGGCGACCCAGGUUUACUACCGCAAAAGGAAACCAAUUACCUCCACCUCCUCUCUGUUCAGCAAACUUGAUGUCGAUCUCCUCUUGGAAGUGCUUAUUCGGCUCCCGGACCCUAGAUCCGCCGUCCGGUGCAAACCCGUCUGCAAGCUGUGGAACUCCCUACUCCCCGCUCCCUACUUCUCCCCCCGAUUCCUUUCCCACCACCCGAUAUCCUUCGCCGGCGAACCCAAACCCCCUCCUCUGACUCCCUCCGAGCUCCGUGAAUUGAUCCUGAGCUUCCUCCCCUUGCCUAGCCACAUCGAUCCAAGUUCGCCGUCCUCGAUUCGGCCAAGGACUUGCUCUUACUCGGUUUCCCUCAGGGGAAAAUCGGCGACCAAUUGCACACAACGUACCUGA